AUGCCGUUAGCAAGUAUGAGCCACAUUGCACAAGAAAAGUCAAAAACGAGCUACGGCGGUGGCGAUUAUGUUCUAGUUAAGUUAAUAAUGAGGGGAAAAGAAUACCGAUACGCCGCAGUUUGCUCAAAAUAUGAUGACGAAGAUGGAGAACUGACAGUUACAUUUCUUAAAGUUUGCAAUAAAGAUGGUACAGAAUUUAAAAUAAAUGAUAACGAUAUCGCCGACGUACCUUACAAAGACGUUAUAGAAAAACUGCCAGUUCCUAAUAUAAUCGUCAAGAGAAAUACAGUCCUUCACAAAUUUAAAAAAUCCAUUAAUGUUUACGAGAAGUAAAACAAAUAGUGAAACAAAUAAAUAAGAGGUACUAGAUAGUUUAAGUGCGAAAUAUUUGUGAUCUCAUAAUAAUUAAUGAAAUUCUAAAUGUUGUGUUCAAAUUAUAAUUUGGUAACUCAAAACUUUAGAAAGCUGAUUAUUUAAAAUAAUUGUUAAUUUUUAAAGGAC